GGUCCUCCAGGUGGGGAAUGGAGGGAUGGAAGCCAGAUAUUUACAUUCAUUUGUUCAUUAUUUACUGAAAACCUGCUAUGGACAAAUCACAUAAUACCAAGUAUUCAUCAGCACGUAAACUGUCCCUAAGAAACAAAGCCAACCCAAGAGACAAGCUGCUGAAAUGAAUUUGAACCAGGCCGCCAACUUUCUGGCUUUAAGUCAACAGAAUGAACUAAAUGACCUGCCAAAAGAGGACCACUUGAGUACCAGUGAAGAUGAGGGGGACAGUGAUGAAGAAAGAAAACACCAGAAGCUUCUAAAAGCAAUCAGAUCCCUUGAUGGAAAAACAAGGCAGAAUUUGGUCAAGAGAUCCGAGGCUAGUCUGAAAGUGUCAGAGUUCAAUAUCAGCACUAAAGGAUCAGGAGAAAAACUGGUCAUUUCAGAUCUACUUGGCCCCAAUAAACUCCCGUCCUCAUUGGCUACUAUUAAAAAGCAACUGAACAGAGUCAAAUCUAGGAAGAUUGUGGAAUUACCUCUUAACAAAGAAGAACUUGAUCGGAUACACAGAGAAGUGGCGUUCAAUAAAACCUCACAAGCCCUCUCCAAAUGGGAUCCCGUUAUUCUGAAGAACCGGCAAGCAGAACAGCUUGUUUUUCCUGUAAAUGAGGAGCAAUCAACCUUUGCUCCCAUUGAACAUGUACUCUGUGGCUGGAAGGCAAAAACGCCCCUGGAGCAAGAAGUUUUUAGUCUCUUACAUAAGAACAAGUACCCUGUGACAGACCCUUUACUAACUCCCCAGGAAAAGGCCUCUCUUAUGAGCCUGGAAGAAGCUAAAGUACACAGAGCAGAGCUUCAGAGGGCCCGGGCUUUGCAAUCCUAUUAUGAGGCCAGGGCUCGAAGAGAAAAAAAAGUCAAAAGCAAAAAGCAACAUAAAAUGCUGAAGAAAAAGGUCAGGAAAAUCCUGAAAGAGUUUGAAAUGCUACAGGAAAUCAAUCCUGCUGCAGAAUUGGAAGAACUGGAAAAAAUCAAAAGGGCCAGAAUGAUGGAGCGAAUGAAUCUUAAGCAUCAGAGUAAAGGGACAUGGGCAAAGUCAAAGGCAAUUAUGGCCAAAUUUGAUGUGGGUGUUCGCCAGGCUAUGCAGGAGCAGUUGGCCAAGAACAAAAAAUUGAUGCAAAAAUUCCAGCCAGCCUUGGUGAGUGAGGAAGUAAAAGAGGGCAAUGUGCAGGAAAUAGGUGAGUUUGUUUCUGGUGCGGUGAAUAAGGUACUGAUGAAUGGUAUGUACCAGAACCUCUGGAUGCUCAGGAGACACGUGGGUGAUGCAAAUGACAAAGAAAACCAGAAGAAACUUGAACAACUUUCAAAGGCCUCUAUUAGAGAAAAAGAAAAAAGACCAUUGUCAAAGGAAGAAAUAUCAUUGCAAAAAUUUGAGGAAAAACAAUUGCUCUGGCAAAAGACGAGGCCUUUCCAGGACAAUGAACCAGUGUAUAUUCAAGAAGCAAAAGAUUUUACCUGCUAUGAAGUAUUGUCUGAGUUGAGAGCACAGUCUCAGAAACUCAGCAUGGAAAAUCUUCAUUCCAGAAAACAAAAUACAAGUUUAAAGACAACUAUACUGGCCCAGAGUGAGUCACUUACCAAGGAAGAAAAGGAGCCACUAUUGCUGCAGAGUUUGGAUAAAGCACAGACUCUGGAAGAGCUAGAAAAACUGGCCAACGAGGGAUGCAUUCAAAGUAAGAAGCUUCCCAUAUUGGUAUCAAAAGGGCUGCAUUUGGAGAAAAAGCCAAGAAGUCAUUUUUGUGCCCCUACAGUGAAAAGUAAAGAACAAAUGAUUGAUCUGCAAAACUUGCUAACUACAGUAUCUCCUUCUGUGAAGUCUUUGGCAAUUCCCACAACAAUAGAGGAAUCGGAAGAUGAAGAAAAGAGAGCUCAAAAGCAGAUGAUAAAGGAAGCUUUUGCUGGAGAUGAUGUCAUCAGAGACUUCCUGAAAGAGAAAAGAGAAGCUGUGGAGGCAAGUAAACCAAAGAACCUGGAUCUGACUUUGCCUGGCUGGGGUGAGUGGGGUGGUGCAGGCCUAAAGCCCAGUUUAAAGAAGAGACGUCGGUUUUAUAUUAAAGCCCUUGAAAGCCCUCUAAGGAAAGACAAGAACUUGCCAAAUGUGAUUAUUAGUGAGAAGCGAAACAUUCAUCUAUCAGCUCAUCAGGUACAGAUACUUCCAUAUUCAUUCACCCACCAUCAACAAUUUGAAAGAACCAUGCAGGUCCCUAUUGGAUCCACAUGGAACACUCAAAGUGCCUUCCAAAAACUGAUUACUCCCAAGGUCAUUACUAAGCCAGGUCACAUCAUUAAGCCUAUAAAAGCUGAGGAUGUGGGAUACCGAACUUCCUCAAAAUCAGACCUCUCUGCCAUACGGAGGAACCCAGCACAACUCACUGCAUGCCACAAGAAACAGCUGAAGAAAUAAUCUAUAUGUUAAAUUGCUGGAGGAGUUACAUCUCAUUGAUAGAAUCAGCUAAGCAAGUUGUGCUAACUGGAGGAGGUUGUUGAAGUACUCAUCAGAAGUUAUA